AUGGAGCAGUCUAGAGCUGGCGUGUUGCUGGAGAAGCUGACGGCCACAAACUACAGCAUCUGGUCGGUCCGCAUGGAACACUUCCUCAAGCGUGAGGGCCUGUGGAAAGUGGUGGAGGCUGCACCGCAGCCCCCUGAGGAGGAUGAGGACGAUAGUGAAAAGCUGGCACUAGUAGAGGCCCAGCUAGAAAAGGAUGAGAAAGCUUCGGCUACGAUCAUCCUUGGAGUGGAUAACAGCCAGCUAGUCUACGUAGCUGAUAAGGUGACGGCAAGUGAGGCGUGGAAUGUGCUCAAGGCUGUCUAUGUGCGAGAGACAGCUGGCUCGCUAAUAACACUGACCAGGAGAAUAUACUGGUGUCGGAAGAAACCGGGGGACUCCCUGGUGAACCACCUAAAAUUCCUAACAGGAUGUUUCCAGGAGCUAGCCUUAAGAGGGAGGCCUGUGGGGAAGAGGACAAAGUCUUUAUAGUCCUGAGUUCCCUUGAUGACAGCUAUGAUAUGCUGGUCAAUUCCCUCGAGUCGGUAGAGACUGAUAAGCUGACUCUGGAAUACGUUACCGGACGGUUGUAUGCAGAGGAGGACAGGCAUGCAGAGCGAAAGAUGACCUCAGCCCAGCUGUUGGAGCAUCCCAGAGGGAACAACAGCCAGGAAGAGCAGAGGUAUCGGGAGCCGGAGAAACAGCCAGGAGGAGCUGCUGCAGACCAGCCGGUGGUCAACAAAGUAAAAAGGUGUUUUUGCUGCAAGUCCAGUGGACAUUUGCUUCGGGACUGCCCGAGGAAACAACAAAAACAGCAGACGCACAAGAGGCAGCAGAGAGAGUCUACCGCUUGGGUGUCUGCAGAUGGUCAAGAAAAUGAAGAGCUGUGGGUUCUGGACAGCGGAGCUUCUCAAACUUUUUGUAAAAGAAAAGCAUUGCUAACUGGUGCUAGGGCUUCAAACAAAAACAUGUAAGUCUUGCUACAGGCCAGAAAGCUAAUGUGGUCUGUGAGGGGGAGGUUGUGUUCCCACAGCUGGGACACACAUUCAGGAAUGUGUUGUGUGUGCCUAGUUUGCAAAACAAUCUCCUGAGUAUUCCUGACUUGGCAAAAGCAGGCUUUCAAGUAAACUUUGUGGGAGAUCAGUGCCAGAUAAAGCAAAAUGGGGCAGUAUUGGCAAAUGUUAACCUUAGAACUAAUAUGUAUGUACUGCAGUGUGAGUCUAAGGUUGCGAAUGUGCAAAAUGUCCUGACCCAUGAUAUGUGUAUUCAUCUCCUGCACAGGCAUCUGGCUCAUGCUAGCUUUAAGGUGCUGAACAAAACAUUGGAGUUGUGUGGGGGGAUGAAAAACAUUAAAAGUUGUGAUAAUUACUUAGACUGCAAUAUCUGCAAGGAGGUUAAAAGCAAGGCUUGCCCAGUGGCAAGAGCAAGCCAGAGAGAAACCAAAAAAACCACUGGAGUUGAUUCAUGCUGAUGUAACUGGUCCUUUUCCACCAAGUGUCUCCCACAACAAGUAUUGUUUGAUCCUAGUGGAUAACUAUUCUAGAUUUGGCUGGGUCUAUCCAUUAAAGCAAAAAUCUGAUGUUGCCCAAACUUUGAAGUUCUGGGUAAGAAGGGUGGAAAGGCAACUUGGCCAAAAGGUGUGCUCUAUUCAGACAGACAGGGGAGGAGAAUUUAUGGCAAGCUCCCUAAGAAACUGGUUGCGAUCCCAAGGGAUUAAACAUAGGCUUACCAACGUGACAACUCCUCAGGAGAACGGAGUAGCAGAGUGUAGGGGAGGUGUCUUGCAGACACAAAUGAAAGCAUUGUUAGCAGAUGCAAAUCUUCCAAUUAAAUACUGGGCUGAGAGUAUUAAGACAGCGAAUUAUAUUGGAAAUCGUUUGUGGUCAAGGGUAUUAGAUGACAUACCCUAUAAGAUUCUCUAUAACAAAAGUCCCAGUUUGCAACAUUUGAGAAUCUUUGGGACAGGUUGA